UAUGUCAAAGGAAUCAGGGAUGAUUUUGUGUCGCGCACUCAGCAAACAUUCUCUGGUGGCAAAGAAGGAGGACCUCCUAAAGGCAAAAAUAUGCCUGAGAUAGUGAACAUUAUUGUAUGGGUCAGACAACUGGAAGCAAAGGUCAAAGAGACUCUCAAYACAGCKGAGAGUUUGUUGGGUGACUUGGCAGGUUUCCAUGGAUUCAGAAAAGAAGCUACAGAGCUGAUAGAAGAGUUUGCAGCUUACACAAGAGAUCAGUUUGAGAGUUGGACAUCAGAGAUGRUGUCACUGAUUGAUGAUGCUAAACAGCCUCUCAGUCUACAAACCAGUGGCCGUUUGAUGGAAUUGGGUCACAGUGAUGGUAAACUACGAGUUCACUAUGGAGACAGACUUGUUACUCUAAUGCGUGAGGUCAGACAGCUUAGUGCAUUGGGAUUUGUUGUUCCUGCUAAGAUACAGCAUACAUCUAAUGUUGCUAGCAAGUUCUAUAGGCAUGGGAUGGUUCUCAAACAGAUUGCUAAUUGA